AUGACCACUCGAAUCCAUACCAACUCCCCCCUGCCAGCCCCCGCGUUGCACGCCACCCAUGGCCUUCCGCAGUCAAAGUCGCACGUCCUGGCGGGAGUACAAGACGCGUACUGGAGCGACGAUGAAGCGGACGACGCCGAAUGUCCUCUCUGUCUGGAAGAGAUGGACAUCUCCGAUCUGAAUUUCAAGCCGUGCCCUUGUGGUUACCAGGUUUGCCAAUUCUGCUGGCACCACAUCAAGGAGAACCUCAACCGCCGCUGCCCUGCCUGCCGCAGGGAGUACACCGAUGAUGUAGUUCAGUUCAAGCCGAUCAAUCCUGAAGACCACAAGCGCUUGACGCAGCAGAAGAAACAACGCGAACGCGAACGGAAGGAGCUCGAUUCGUUGGGGAGACGUCAACUUGCAAACGUACGCGUUGUCCAGCGCAAUGUUGUAUAUGUUGUAGGACUAGGAUCGAAGUUUGCGAAGGAAGAGCUCAUACCAACUUUGCGUUCAAACGAGUACUUCGGGCAAUAUGGGAAGAUCUCCAAGAUUGUGAUCACCAAGAGAACUUCUCCAGGUGGACACGCGCCUGUAGUGGGGUUGUACAUCACAUACCACCGGCGUGAAGAUGCAGCUCGCGCAAUCGGAGCUGUGGACGGUGCACCAUCUCCAGGAGGUGGUGGGGAGAUUAUGCGGGCGAGUUAUGGGACAACGAAGUACUGCAUGUCUUUCCUGCGCGGCGUCACUUGCACGGACCACAGUUGCAUGAACCUCCACGAAUGGGGUGAUGAGAAGGAUUGCUUCACGAAGGAGGAUCUCACUACGUUGAAACAUACGAUGAAGGACAUAGAAACUCGGCGUACCACUACUAUUAAGAAGGGCGACGAGGCAGAGGGUCUUCCCAGGGCAGCGUCAUGGGCGAACAAGAGUAACACCACCCUCGCCAGUGCUGCGCUACACAACAACAGUAGCGUACUCAAUGCGGGGUCGAGGCAGACACGUCGGACUGCAACUACCAGCAGCAGUCGGCAGCAACGCUCUGGCUCCACCUCUACGCCGCCUGUUCCGGCUAUCACAGAGGUUCGGAGGAAAGCAGUGGCCGCGAAGGCCUCUUCACAAGCUUCGACUUCGCGCCCGGCGACUCCCGCGUCUUUGCCUAAUCGGCCCACCACUCCGGCGAUCUCGAAGGCUAAGGCUAAGGAGCCCGCACCCCCUCCGCCACCCCCAGUCCCACGAUCUCCUACUUCCUCAAUCGCCGUCGAUUCGGAUUCAGGAUCCGCGCCGCCGGAAGUUGUAUCGCCUCAAUCACCCCCACCUUCUGCCGCGAAGGAAGUCCCCGCUGCGCCCCCCGGUCUGCCUGCAGUACCUCCGGGUCUCUCCCCUGUGGUUCCCCCUGGUCUUGCCGCGCCUCCUGGGCUCCCUCCUCCGGCUUCCAGGAACACAUCCGAUGUCGCGUCUCCUCAAAUCGCGCCACAAUCGUCCUACCAGAUGUCUACACAGGCGGCUGCUCUCAUGGAAGACCUCCGUGCGAGGCGAGAAUCCAGCGUUGCCACGGUGGUCCAAAGCCCAUUCCCCGAGAUCGACCGCAUGCUACAGUCGCUUGGGAACGAUACCGAAUUCGGCGGUUUCAGUUUCAACUUGGACCCGAAGCUCGUCGGUGACGUGCAAGAUGACUCGCUCAACCCCCCGGACUUCGACGUUGACGCCAACGUGCCCUACGGGGGCUUCUUCGAUGUCUUCCCCAACCUACGCCCUAGUGGUCAAGCUGCGCCGAGUUCUUUGGGACCUCCCCCGGGCCUCCAAUUUGCUCCGUCGUCUCACCGCUCGCACGACUCUCUCACGAGCAAGGGUCCAAUUGAGCGCCAGUCUACCGGGUCAAGCUACACGGGCUCUUUCAACCCCUUCGCCGGGGAUGGCACCGAUGACGCGCCGUCUAGGAAGUUCUCCCCUAUGGACGAAGAGCGCAAGGUGUCUCGCUUUGGCUUUGCCCGAGGACGUCAAGGAUCCGCAUCUUCAUCCCUCCAUGCACCGUCACCUUUUAGUAAUAUGGACAGCCUCUCCCAGAUAGCCCAUCUCAACAACGCCGCCGAGUUUGCUUCCCAGAGCUCGCAGCCGUGGCCAUUCUCUCAGCGUCACCCUGAAUUCCCCCACUACCGCGAUACCUCUGCCAUGAGCUCGCCUCUGGCGCAACAUAUGCAACCCGCCCAGCACCAGUUCAGUCAGCAGCAGCAGCAGCAGCACCAACCGCAGCAGCACCAACACCAGCACCAGCACCAACACCAUCAGCAUCAACAUCAGCACCAGCACCAGCACCAGCACCAACAUCAGCACCAGCAACCUCCACAGCUGAACCGUUUCCAGUCGUAUGACGGUGCAGUCAGCGAGCAGCAGCUGAGGGAGCUUAUUAUGUCCAGUCGCGAACGCGCGAAUCUAUCGAGGAACGGACCGAUGGCAGAUCAGACGCAAUUCAGCUCAGGACAAGCGUUCAACGACCCUGCAAUUAUGUCGGCGCGGAUGUCAUCCCCUGCUGUUGCUCAGCCCAUGGCAAAUGGUCGGUUUCCUCCACCGGGCCUAGAAAGCUUCGCAUCGCAACCCAUGGGUUUCGGGCCCCCUCCAGGCGUGUCCUUUCCAGAGGACCUAAGCAGCCACAUGUCGAACCACGGCUUUGGUCUCCCUAGUGGCUCAUCCACGAACAUCGAGGUAUCGCAAAACGGAUCAGCGCAUGUCUCUACGGCCCCAUCCCCUGCCCCCGAAUCCCCUGCCCUAUCCUCAUCCGACUUCCCUGCUCUUUCCGCGGCCGUUGAGCCGCCCGCUCCAUCCGAUCCUCCACAGGCCAGCGAAGCCCCGGAGCCACCUACCGAGACGCUCGACAGUGCUGCGGCAGAAAAGGCCGCACGUAAGGCCGCGAAGAAGGCUGCCGCUGCGGAACGCGCCGCCGAGCGGGCCCGGGUCGCCCAGGAGAAGGCCGCGGUGCGCGCGCUCGAGAGGGAGCGCCUCGCGAAGGAGAAGGCCAUCGAGAAGGAGCGCCAGGCCGAGGCUGAGGAGAAGGCAGAACGCGAGCGCGUCGCGGCGGAGAAGGCAGCCGCCCUCGCUGCGGCCAACGCGAAGAAGGCCGCAGCGGCUAAGACUCAGACCACCACUCCGCCGCCUCCAACAAGACCUCCGGCCGUAAGGCAGCCGAUGCCCAAGAAGAACAAGCCGGUCACGAAGCCCAUCAAAAUCCCGAAGGAGGACCACAUCGACCACGCAGCACACCAGCUCGACCAACUCCCGGGCCACUCGGUCGACAGGACUGCCCCAGCGCUGCCUGCCUCUGUCAAGGAGUUGCUCAACGAGCUCAACGUGCAGUUCCCCUGGCUGGCGCUCUCCAAGAGCCCCUUCUUCGACACGAGCAAGAUCAACCCGGCGUCCAAGGUCCCGCUGGAGUACGGCCCGCUCGUCCAUGCGCUCUCCGCGCUCUCCGUCGGUGGCGGCUCUUUCGCCAACAACAUGCCAUCCGGCUCGAUCGACAACGCCGUCUCUUCCUUCCAGCAGCUCCUCGAGACGCUGACGCAGACGAUCUCGGACCUGCUCCGGCUGCUGCCGCGGACGACGUGGGACGACAGCUCGUCGUUCGACGGCGUGCUCCGGGACAUGCUCAAAGGCGACGACUUCCUCGACGAUGGCAGCGAGGACGCGAACGGGCCGGGUAAGGAGGACGAGGUCGCCGCGCUGACGCUCGCGCUUGAGCGGCGCGCGCGCUGGAUGGAGGUCCAGCUCUCGAAGCUCGAGGAGCUACACCGGGACAUCAACACCGCCGCGGUCCGUGCCGUGCUCACGUUCAACGACAACGGGUGGGACGCGCAUGGCGCGCUCCCGAGGAUCGGCAACUCGCUCGUGCGUUUCGACCGGAUCGGGCUCGUUGAGGCCGCGGCCGGAGGCGACGCGGUGCGCACGAUGGCCGCCGAUGAGCUCGAGAAGAAGUUGGUUGUCGCGAAGGAGGCCGCGCAGUUCGUGGAGACAGAGCUCAGGGAAGUGAUGCAGAACAUGCAGGCGUUGCGCCCGACGGACGAGUAUGGGGGCCUUUGA